CUACAGUCCGCGUCUACCUUUCUACGACUUACUUCGCGUCAAAUUAGCCGAGUGGGUUGAUAUUUUGCAUCCGGGAGACUUAGUUAAUUGUGUGGAUUUAACACAACGCGAUUGGGACGCGAAUCGCGCGGAGGACCAAGGCUAAGAGCGAGCGACGCGUGUUAUGGUUCGACGAUCACCGCCUUUGCCUCGCUGAAAAAAAAAACGUUAUGGAUUUACCGACUCCGACUAACCUCAACCACAGCGGACUCGCGCACAGUACAGACGGCUUCCUGAGUAUUCCCCUCGGAUCGUCAGCUCUGGAUGCUUUAUCGACGAAAAGGAGAAGUUCCUCCCGCACAAUAAAACGCAAGAAGUUUGACGAUGAGGUGGUGGAGACGACGUUCAACCUGCAACCGCCCGCGACGAGCGCGAAGUCGACGUCGAAAUCGCGAACGAUUUCCGUGACCGCCGGGCCGAUGGACGUCCUGCCGACGCAGACGCUGCCUACGCCGAUACCGAUCCCGACCACCCUGGCGCAGUCGGACAGAUGCAAUCGUCGACCCAGCAGGCCGAGCGGCUCGAAUCCCGGACGAAAGAAUAAGAAGAGUAAGAAUCACUCCCACUCGAUCAACGCGACCAAAGACCUCGGACGAUGGAAACCCGCUGACGACUUGGCGCUGAUCACUGGCGUGCAGCAGACGAAUGAUUUGAGAAUGGUCCAUCGAGGUACAAAGUUUUCCUGUCGCUUCACGCUGCAGGAAAUACAGCAGAGGUGGUAUGCGUUGUUGUACGACAGCGCGGUGUCGCGUGUAGCCGUGCAAGCUAUGCGUAAUUUGCAUCCCGAGCUAAUAGCCAGUAUUCAAGCGAGAACCUUGUACAGUAAAGCUGAGGAGGAUCUCUUAGGGACCAUUAAAUCGACCUCUCAACCGACUCUGGAAGUGUUUCAAGAAUUGCUCGAGGCAAACGCGCAUACGUUUUAUCCAGCUAGGACCGCGAAAGCGUUGCACAGUCACUGGCAGCUGAUGAAACAGUAUCACCUGUUACCGGAUCAGACGGUGCAGAGUUUACCGCGAGGUGAACACGUAUUGAGCUUUUCGGACGCCGAGGAUAUGAUCAACGAUACCGAACUGAUGGAGCCGAAGGACGAAUUAGUGGACGCUGAAUUGUCAACGGCGGACAGGAAGAACAAGAGGGAGAUUAAAGUAUUGGAAAACGAGCUCAGCAGAUGGCAGGUGCUUGUCGACAGUGUCACAGGUGUCAAUCCCCCGGAGUUUGAUAAUCAAACCUUAGCCAUUCUAAGGGGACGGCUCGUCCGAUAUCUCAUGCGAUCUAGAGAGAUAAGCGUGGGACGUUCCACAAAGGAUCACACUGUCGACGUGGAUCUCGGUUUGGAAGGUCCAGCGUGGAAGGUUUCGCGUCGACAAGGUACCAUCCGUUUAAGGAAUAACGGAGACUUCUUUCUGUCGUCCGAGGGAAAACGGCCGAUCUUUGUGGACAGCAGACCAAUUUUGGCUGGCAAUAAGAUGAAACUGAAUAACAAUAGUGUAAUCGAGAUUGCAGGACUGAGGUUCAUAUUUUUAAUAAACCAAGAACUCAUCUCUGUGAUACGACAAGAAGCUGUCAAAUUGAAUUUAAACCCUUGAGAAACAUCAGAGAGGAUGAACAAUAUCGAGGGUCGUUGUUUAUAGGAAACUAGGAAAAUGCUUUCUCUUACAAGUAGUCUACAUUUUUACAUUUGAGAAUCGUCAAUACACACUUUGCAGUGACAAGAUAUUCAAUCACGCGUUAAUGACAUUUAUAAUUUACUCUUCUAUGAUUAAUCCUUAAAGCAUCUUUAUUUAUGAAAAAAAAUUAUUCCUUUUAAAUUAGACUUUCAACAACCAAGUAUAGUAACCAAGUAUAAUUUAGGCAUACGCGUAUGUAUAUAUUCUCUUUGAAUAGGUAAUAGUCUCCUAUUUUUUAUGCGAAUAAUUUUCAGAGCCUGAAAUCCUCACUCAUAUUUUUAGUGACAAUGAAUUGAAAAGGUAACAGUAAGGGCUACAGAUAUCUUUUGUCUCAAAUACAAGCAAUAAUAGACAUUGUACAUAAACUUUUAAUAUAAAUUAUAAAUUAUUAUACAGCCGUACAUGUAUCUCUGUAAUAAAUUGAAUUUGUACAAAA